AUGCUAUGUCUCUCGCAUUUUGAAAUGCCUAAAACAACACUACAUUUACAACAAGAGGUGAUCCGUAAGUCAAACGAAGCCAACUCUUCGGCACUUCUGGAGCAGAGAUAUAUCAAACUUCCCGUCAAAUCGAUCAAUAGAUUGAGUGAAUCCACUGAUAAUAAUCAUAAAAUUUUAAUUCAUAUCAACAAUACAUCCAAUCAUUUGAACGACAAGUUAAAGUCGACCACCGAAUCAAAUCCACAUAUACUGUACAAAAGUGGAAGUGUAGGGCCGCCGCCACCCCUUCCUAAACCCCCUCAUUGUAAAAGUCUAGGUCUGAGUCCAAAGUGUUGUUCUCUACUAUUUAAACACUCGUCCAAACCAUCGUCCAAACCAUUGCCCAAACCAUUGCCCACACCAUCGCCUAAAUUAUCGCCUAAACCCCCUCCACGUCCACUGACGAGUCACCCGGGCUUGAGUUGUAGCUCAGCAUCGAUUAUGCCCCGACACAAAGUACAGUUCUCAUCAAUCAAUACAAGUGAUACGCUUUCCAGUCCUCUAAACGAAGAUAAUGUUUGUAAUGUAUCAUCGAAUCCAACUCGUGAGACCAGUUUGACUGCCAGUGCCCUCAAUGCCUCCAACUCUGCCUCCAGUGUUGAGCGCAAUGGUUCGCAAUCAGUUCAAAACACAACACCAGUGCCACCCCUGCCCUCCACCUCAUCCACAUCGGGCUCGUGUGGCGCCGAUUGGAACAAAUCGGGCGCUUUCAUCAGCAAACCGGCCAGAGGUUGGCUCCAUCCCGACCAACAGAUCGCAGACACAGGCAUCGCAUAUGCUGUUCGGUACGUGGGAUGUCUUGGAAUCAACACAUCGAUGAAAAGUCUGGAUUUUGACACCCGAUCGCAGAUCGCAAAAGAAUGCAUUAACAGAGUCUGCGAAUUGGGACGACUCAAGACACCCGACAAGAAAAGACGCCCAGAGAAGCGAAUCACAAGGAUGUUAGCCGACAAUCCAAAUAUGGAGUGUGCCGGCGCUGACGUGAAUCUAGUGAUUACCAGCGGUUACUUGCAUUUAACUGUCAUCGAAACCGGAGAAAAUAUCGCCAGACAUGAGAUGCCGAACAUAUCUUUUGCUUCAGGAGGCGAUGCCGAUACAUUGGAUUUUGUGGCUUACGUGGCGAAGGAUCACCGCUACGGCAGGGCUUGCUUUGUACUCGAAUGUGGCGGAGGUCUCGCUCAGGAUGUGAUCACUACAAUAGGACAGGCGUUUGAACUCAGGUUUAAAGAAUUUCUUAAAAGAAGUCCCAAAAGUUUGUCAGUUAAUGAAAGACUGGAGUCGUCUGUUGCCAACGGUUCCAACUCAUUGAAUGCGACUAAUAAUCUAAACCAAGACACGGACACUAAGAAUCUGCCGGAAGAUCGGGAUUAUUACAACGAUUUGCCGGGAAAAAUGCCGCCCGAAGUGCCCAAAGGGGACGCACCCGAUAUGGCGCCCGCCAAAGAAGGCUCGACCAUUCAAAGGGUGGCACAGACUGUGCCACAGGCGGCCCCACGCACUGGCCUUAAAAAGACUAGUGAACAAAACAGUCCUAAUCUGAUUGACCUAAACAUUGAUAUUCAAGAGCAGAACACAGGAAACAGUACACAAACAACAAGUACUGCACAAACAGAAUCUGAUUGUCAGCAAAAUGAGCGAUCAGAGCACCAAUACGUCAAUUGUGCCGCUGAGGCAUCAAAUGACAAUCAAAACAAAGCCGAACCGCUAUCCGAAUCAUCGACACAAUUAACACCGAAAGAUCCCUUCGAUAUGAAGCCCUUCAAUAGCGCUUUGGCUGAAGUAUUGGACACUCCGGCAAACAGUGCGGAAAGAGUUGCUUCUCAUUCAAAAAGUAGUGUUAUUAGUGAACUGGAAGGGGAGGACUGGUUUCACGGACCCAUUAGUCGCAAAGACAGUGAAACACUGGUUGUAAAAGAUGGAGAUUUUUUGGUGCGAGAGUCUCAGGGCUCUGCCGGACAGUAUGUGUUGACUGGAAUGCAAAGUGGAAUUAGAAAGCAUUUACUUUUAGUCGAUCCCGAAGGAGUGGUUCGGACAAAAGACAAGACAUUUGAGAGCGUUAGUCAUCUCAUUAAUUAUCACCGAAACAAUGGUCUGCCUAUCAUUUCGGCGGAAAGCGCUCUCGUUCUACGAAAUGCUGUAUUCGUAAAGCGUUGAGUCUUUUAGCCAUCGAUUAGAUUUGUUUUACAAUUGAAUAAUAUAUAUAUGAAUGACGUUAUCAUCGGUUGUCUGAAUCUCACAAUUUGUGCCAAUUCUUGACUCAUAAAAAUAGUAUUAUAUUUUCAUUAACUGUCAUUAGAAUCAAAAUGUUUUAAUUUAAAAAAUGCUUUAUAUAUUUAAAUAUGAUAUGCAGUAUAAGUACCGUAAAUGAUAUAUAAAUGAUAUAAUGAGUGCCUCUUUUAACAAAUUUUUAUCAAAUGAGAUAUUAUUGUAAAAUAUUUAUUUUGAUCGCCGAUCAGUUGUAUUGUCUGGAUAUU